AAUUUGUGAAGUCUGAUAUUUACACACAUCAAGAAUUUCACGAAUUAUCAAUUUAUUUUGCACUCCUUUAGUUAAUCGUGCUAUUAUUACACAUAUUUUAAGUGUACAAGUCACCAUAGUGCUCUAAGAGUCGAAACCGAAUUCGAUUCUCUAUAACCUAAUAGUAAGUGUCAUGUGUGUGUCUCAGAGUCCAUCUCAUGUGCUGAAGUUUUAGUCGAUCAAUUUUUCCUCAGCCCUUAAAGUUAUGUAUUUUACCUUCGGUAUUGUGCAUCUUUAAUCUACCCUGUGCUCAUGGAGUAAAUUAGUUCGUAAUUAGAUUGAAGCUAUUAUGAGCUAUCCAAGCAGGGGGUCGAGCCAUGGGAACUCCUCUCACAGGGGAAGGGGCCGAGGUCUGAUGUUCCAAAGGGUCCAAACAACACCUCAUUAUGACCUGCCAAAUCCGAAUGCUGUUCGCACUCCUGCCUCACCCUUACUGGCUGAGUAUGAUAAUCCACAGCAUUUAGCGUGGGUGUCUAUGCUCGAAGAAGCGUGGAACUUGUGGAAAAAAGAUGUCAAAUUUCAAGAGAGGCUAUAUUCUUACUACGAGUCAGUCCCAAAUCCUUACAUGGGAGCAUUGUAUGUCAUGUUGAAAGCCAAGGAUUUUCGUUUAGGGAAAAUUGAUUCGCUUGCAUAUACUGCAAUCGAAGACUUUGGAAAGUGGAUUCAACCGAGGCGGCAGCAUUACUCAGCAUGUCUUACGCCAGAUCUGAUGCAGUUCGCUUUCGCAGAAGUCUGCAAACAAAGAAAUACUUCGUUGAUCAAAAUGGUCUGUGAUAUUUAUGAGUGUUCGACGAUUAAGGAAAAAUUCUCGCAAGACAUCGAAGUGAUGUUGAAGAAAAAAGAUUAUAAGGAGGCUUGCCUUUGUGCCACCUUCCUUGGGCUCAACUCAAGAUUCUCUGUAGAAGACUUCUUGAUUCCUCUUUUAUUUCAAGACAAGAUCAAUAUUGCCGAAACAUUCUUGAAGGAUGAUCCUGUCCAUCAAAAAGAAGUGAUCGCGUAUCUUGACAGGGUGAUAGGCGCAUACAGUGUCAGGACAGAAGUAGAUUCAAUUAUUAGUCGUUUGGACAUACCGCAUUGCAAGAUGGAGAAGUUGUAUUACAAACCACUUAGUAAGUUGAUCACUCGUUUUGUGAAGCAGUUCAAGAUGAGUAUGGAGGAAAUCUGUCCGAAUCUGGCCCGUAAGAAGAAACGAGGCGUACUUUUCUUCCUCAUCAAUAAACGUUACAUAGAAACCCCCGACCAAAACCAAAAUCUCAGCACUGAUAGUUGGCGAGAAAUGGUUUUAGAAGGAGUUCACGGUGAUGCCGAAAUGCAACUUGAAUUAGUUCGGGAAUUAGACAUCCACCAAGAUUAUGACGAAGCUGUUUAUUGGGCUCAAAAAUUCAACAUGCCAGUUGAACAGCUGCCACCAAAUACUCAAGAUGUGUACAAACAGAAGCAAAGUUGUGAUAGUAGUUCUAGCGAUGCAGACAGUAAUCAACAAAGUACAAAUCAAGCAAAUAAAGAGGUGCAAGGAAAUGCUGACUACCACAAACUAAAGAUCCCAGUAGAAAAUAUCAUCAUGGUCAGUGACGCGGCGAGUUUUGCCAGAGUUCUUGAGACUGGUUUCAACGACGUAACACUGGUCGGUUUGGACUCGGAGUGGAAACCGCUGUUCUGCUCAGGCCCUUCCACGAUCGCGCUCCUUCAAAUCGCUACCUCCACUCAUGUCUACAUUUUUGAUACCUUUAGUCUUCAGCCAGUCAAUGAUUUCAAGGAUCUUUGGAAUCAGCUAGGCGCCAAGUUAUUCGCGAAUCAAAAUAUCAUUAAGUUAGGUUUUGGUCUAUCGACUGACCUGAAAGCUAUCAAGGGUCUCCUACCUCUGGGAGAUGUGAAACUGUUCGGCUUAGGUUACCUUGAUCUCUCCACUCUCUGGCAGAGACUUGCCAAAGAAUUCUCAAUUCAGUUCCCCUUCAAAGAUGAUGAUGCUGGAUCUGGUCUUUCAAAGUUAGUUGCUCUCACGCUUGGAAAAUCUCUGUGCAAAGGGGACCAGUUCUCAAAUUGGGAGAAUAGGCCACUGAGACAAGCUCAAAUUGAAUAUGCAGCUUUAGAUGCUUACUGCCUUAUAGAAGUUUACAAGGUGCUGGAAAAAGUCUGUGAUGAGCAAAAUAUACCAUUUGCUACUCUAUGUCAAGAAAUAAUGUCCAAUUAUGUCUCGAAAAAAAUGCCCAAGAAGAAAGGAGCCUUGUCAAAACCAAAAGUCUUGUCGAUGGCUCCUUCACCAAUCAAAGCUCCUGUUUCCGUCCACGACCUCAAAUUCGUCGUCGAUACAAUGAUCUGCGGUUUAGGGUACCAGCUCCGCAAGUGUGGCAUCGAUGCAGUCAUGCUCCAGAAAGGAGAUGCCCACCACAAAGCCUUGGAAAUUGCCACCAAAGAAAAGCGCAUGGUCUUGACGCGAGGUCAAGUCUACGAAAAGUUGUAUGGGUGCUUAAAACCAGGUCAUUGCUACAGAGUUGACGCAGAUAAUAUUGAAGAUCAACUACAAGAAGUAUUAGAUUAUUAUAAAAUUGACGUCAAAGAAGAAGAUAUUUUCUCCAGAUGUCAGUUGUGCAAUGAAAAUGAAUUCUCGAUAUUCUCAAGUGCGGACGUCAGACGGAUCUUGACCUGGACACCGCAGCCGGUGAAACAACUCCAUACCUACGACGACUAUCCAGAAGACGAUUUUGAUAGUCAUUUGGAGUAUGUUGGCUACUCAGAUGAGGAGUGUAGUGACGAUGAUUUUGUGCCAGGCCCAUCGCAUUAUACGCCUACAUCGUUUGCGCCUUCGGAGGAAGGUUUCAACAAUGAUAUGAAAGCAGAAGCUCAGAAAAUCCCACCGGAGAUUUUGAACAAAAUCGACAAAUUUUACUGCUGCAAACUCUGUUACAAAUUCUACUGGGACGGAUCUCACCUGGAGCGUACACUUAAUCACUUCUCAAGACUCAAACUCUCCUCUGAUAUCAGCUAAAUAGGAUCACCGAACAAGUGACGUCGGAUCGACCGUGAAAUUUGUUUUAAUUGAGCACUCUAUCAAAUCUGCUCAGAGUUCUUUUAUCUGGGAUAAGUUAUUUUAUGCUUUUUAUUUUGUUUUUAUCUAAGGGUUAGGCAGGUUCUACUUCAUUAAACACUUAAAAAAUAAUAGCUCCAAGAUUUUGCCGCUACAAGUUGAGGCGCUAGGUGCGACAAGGGCACUUCUCGGUUGUGGUGUUUCAAAAUCUCCAUUGCUAAUUUAUGUCUUUAAAUAGAAUCUAAUGAGUGAUUUUCCCAUGAUUUUUCCCGUCUAAAUAUUGUAGAAUUUUUGAGAAUAUUCAAUAAAAAUUUCAAUGAGGUGCAUGCAUUCACUUUCCUCGCCAUGACUAGAACAUUAGCAGAGAUUCUGAAGAGAGCUCUUUUUGCAUCUAGCGCAGCAAUCAUCUGGCUUACCGAUGAGGAAGUAUUAAUUUCUUUGUUUACCAAAUUAGAAUCGGAUUUGUUCAUGGCCACUGUGAUUUUUUUUACAUUUAUUUCAAUAUUUUAUUGAAUGUCCUGUAAUCAGGGACUAGAUAAGUUCAUGUAUUUUUAUCGCCAGUAGAGGAUCCUUCAUCGCACUCGUUCAGAAGUAAUACUCUCAAUUGUAAAUUUUCACUCACUCCAGGUUUCUUGAAUGAUCGCAUUAUGGAAAUUUUGUUUUCUGGUAGUGAACAAAUAUCAAGGUAGCUUUAACUUUUGUCGAAAUACUGGUUUCUGAUUUAAUGUUUAAUGGAAAAAUGCCAUCACGCUUGGAAGUACUUAUCUAUGGUGAAAGUUGAUAAAUAUUGUGUCUCAUUUUGCGAUAUUUCAUAUUUCGUCCUGUGUUUAAAAAAUUUGGAGGAAAUUAGUUAAAACAUUUUGUAUGAUUUCUAUUCAUUUUUUUUUCUCUUACAGAGGAUAUCCUGUGAAAAUUUAUGAAAAUAAUGUUCUUUUGUUUUGUACUUUACUAUUAAAAAAAAAAAAAAAAUCAUCAAACGUUUUUGAAAUGUCGCAAACAGGAUGCAGGCUUUCUGACUUUUCAUCGUCAAUGUUCAGGCUGUUCACAUAUUUUUGAAAAUUCUCUCCCAAAAGUACUAAUACAUUAAAGCCAUGAGUAUGGAAUGCUUCGUUAGAUCCCAUUGAUCCAAGAGUGGAUUUUUGUAUUUGGAUCCCUUUUACUGUUAUUGAGAUUUUUGGAAAGGAAACUACCAGAAGCAAACCCAUUUCGACCACAAACCCAUCGGACAUUAGGAUCUCUAAUUGUGGUCAAACUGCCAUUUCAUUAGUCAAUAAUUUGGUAAAACUCUGAGUACUGCGCCAAGAAAUUGGAUGACAGCCUUUGUGUAUAAUACAAGAUAUACUUAAACCAAAUAAAAUGGCAGAAUUUUGUCAGAGGAAUUCUUUUUUCAUUUGAUCAGAAUCGCUGUAGGUAUGUCUUGUAAUAUUUUUUGCACAAGAAAGUCCUAUUUUUAUCCUUGACUUUAGCGAUUUUCCCUCGUGAAAAUGGUUCCAUUGAUUAAAUAAUUGUUUCCCUCUUCUGGCAAAAGUACACUUUCCAAUUGGACCUAUGUGAUUUGUGACCGCUACUGGGAAAGAAAAUUAAGUGUUCCAAGACAUAUCAUUUAACUUCAGUGAACUUAAGUUGAAGAAGCAGCAUGUGUUCCUUUGAUAGAAAAUUUUUUUAUAGCUCGAGUCCCUUUUUUCAUAGACCAUCACAUACCAAAAAUGUCAGUUUGACCCCAAAGAGCUGAUCAUGAAUGGAAGCCUCUUGUCACUUGUUUUUCCUCUUGAAAUUUUUAAGUAGAAAACAAUUCACAAAACAAUUUGUUCCAAAAUAACCUCUAUUAUUUAUGCGUAACAUCAGUCAAAUGGCAAAACAGUCAUGUUGAAAGCUCAUGUUAAUAUUUCGCUCAGGCGUUCAUGUAGAAGUUUGCCAUUGUGUGAAUCGUUUUCUAGAUGAAACCAUUUUGAGAAGAAAUAAUGUGCUUUCAUUGAUAUCUUGUCUAAGGGCCCAGUUGACCCUCCCUCAGUUUUAUAUCAAAACCAGUAUUUUUUCCUUUUUUUUUAAAGUUUCGUUAUAUCUUGAUGCUUGUUUUUAUUACUUAAGGAUGCACCGUAGGGCUAAAAUUGUAAAGUCCUCAAGCCAAGCCAUAAAUGUUGCAUGAGGAAUUUUUUUUUUUCAUUUGUUACUUACCUCUUUAUUAUUGAUUAAUGUUUAUCUUAAUUUGAAGCCUUUCUUUUUUUAAUUUAUUUAUUUAAUUAUUCGUUUUAAGAUUUGUUCAAACCACUGUGAUUAUUAUAUUUUUGGCAAGCAUAGUCAUCUCAGGGACUUACGUUCCCUGAGUGAUAGUAUUUUCAGUUUGGCACAGGGGUCAUUGAAAUUCCCAGAGAGUAUUUAUAUUGUUUUGAGUCCCAGCUUCAGAUUUUGUUGAGCUAUUUGAACUUUUAUAGAGCGUUCUCAAUAAAAUAAAACUGCCACAGUGGAUCUUCAACGUAUGUUGAAGCGCUAGGUUCUAACAGAAUGAACUUUCCUUUGUGGUUGAAAAUAACAACUCUGAAUUGCUUUUUUUGAUAAGUGCCCAACUCCGAAAAUAAAAUAAAAAAUCCAGAUAGAGAAAAUGGAUUUCGCUGGAAAUUUUCGGUGAAUGGAAAAUGUUUAGCACUUGUUAUCAGCUGCGAAGAAGAGCCCUGCAGCCAAAAAUAUGAAACUUUUUGGUCCUUCAGUGUUGCAAAGUAAGCGCUCUAAAUUGUUGGAGUUGAAUACUUUUUGAAAACAGAACUUGCUCCGAUGUUUUCAGUAUAAAAUGAAAAAAAUGUACCUGGGGGAAUGAAAGAUAUGUGUGGCCCUAAGUACCAUUUUUCCUCUGUCAAGCAGAAUUUUUAUUCUCUCUGAGAUGGGCAGUUUUGGAUGCAAUACAUUUGGGUGUAUUCAGGACAUUUCAUCCUUGUAGAUUCUUCAUAUUUUAAAGUUAACUUGGGAUAUUUUACAGUAAAAUUUAAUAUCAUUAGCUAAUGGACAGUCUUGAGAGCGCAGAUCAAUGAUGUAACCAGAAAAACAUGCUCCCAAUUUUGGAUUUCUGGCUUCUAUUUUAGCUUCCCUUUCAUUUUAGUUAUCAGUUUAGUUCCAUCCUAGGACCUUCAAUAAGAUGGAGAUAGAGUUUUUUUCGUUAAAUAAUAAUAAAAAAACCAACUUGAAGUUUGCAUAUUAUUUCUGAUUUGUGUUUAAGUAAAUUUCCUGUUAUAUCAAGCCAAAAAAAUUGUAAAUGCAAAUGAACAGUUUCAAUGGAAAAUAAAUACAUCAAAGUGUAUCUUGACCCUCGACUUAGUAUAAACAUAAUUUUCUAAAUUUGACGGAAGGUUUACCAAUAAUCUUAUCUGAUAAGUGACGAUUUAUAUAAUAAAUCACUAGACAAGGUACAAAUUUUACCAUUUUGGGUACACCUGUCCUCUUCAAAAUUUCAUGUAAAACACAAUGUUGCGCAACAAAAAUAGCUGAUACUAACUCAAAACCAAAAUAAUAACGUUUUUAUUUGCAUCAGUCACGAAAAAUUUGAAUUUCCUUCUCACUAGAAAAACGAGAUUCUACUUGGAUCAAAUCGCGCAUGACAACGAUUUUGGCAAUUUUCUCAUUUCAGCAUUGUUCUUUCCCUACUCUGUAUUGUUCGAAGUGUAAAUAACUUGUACUAGCAGAGCUUUAGCGUCAAGUUUGAGGUUUUUGUAUUUUUAUAUCGCAGAGACUGUCAUGGUAACAUUUAGCGUGAAAUUUAACUCAAGGAGACCUUUGUUUUUUUAAUGAGCGGAAAGUUUGAAUUUAUGCAUAAAAAACCUUAAUAUCUUGGUUUGGAGUGACUUUCAGUAAUUUUCCAUGUACAUAUAGUGUUUUACGUGAAAUUUUAAUGAAAAAAAAAUUUAUAGUACUAAUGCUUCAAUUCUAACCUUGUUUAGUGGUCUAUUGGAGUGGAGUAUUUAGUACCUAUACCAGUUUCUGAAAAUCAAAGCACUUUCUGUAAUUUGUAAUGAUGUAUUAUUCUUUUUCCUCGUUACUAAUAAAAAUUACAUACCUGCGUAUAAA